AUGGCUACCCCUAGUGUCCUCACUUUUGACGGUGAGGGUCGGGCCAUUGACUUUGACGUCUGGGUAGAUGACCUGCAGCUUUACCUACAGUGUGAUAGGGCAAAUGUUGCACGCUACUCUUCCCCUGCCACUGCUGCACUUAGCCGCCUCAUCCUGCCGUACCUCUUCCCUGACCUCGCCGCUUUUCCCACAGUCGCUGACCUCAUUACGCACCUUCGCACGAGUGACAUUCGUUACCGCGCAGCCCUUCCCGCUGAGUUCUGCGCCAAGAACCCCCCACCUAUGUACAUCACCCUCUACUACAUAGUCACCCGGCUCCCUGACACCCUUCGCCCAGUCAGGGACCACUUUCUCUCUGUUUGCCCCACCACUCUCACCAUUGACCUCCUCGAGGAGCGCCUCCUAGCAGCAGAGAAGAGCAUAGUCGCUGUAGGAGCCUCUCGUGGUGACCCUCGUGCCCCUGUCUUUGAGGGGUGCUCCCCCUCUCCUCUCUUGCCCUCUGUCUCCUCUGCUACUGCGGCCGACCUCGCUGGUCUUGAGUUGGUCGGUGCGGCGUCUGCCCCUAGCGGGAGACACCGCACUGGCAAGGGCAAGGGGGGCAAGGGCGCUAGAGGAGCUAGCGGGGGCGGUGGAGGCGGCGGAGGGGGUGGGGGUGGCGGUGGGGGUGGCGGAGGGGGUGGGGGCGUCGUUGGCGGCAGUGGAGGCGGAGGCGGCGGCGGCGGCGGUGGCGGUGGGAGCGGAGGUGGCAGAGAUGGCGGCGGUGGAGGAGGCGGCGAUGGAGGAGGUGGAGCUGGUCGGAGUGGCGCUGCGCAGAGGGUCGACGCCAGCAGCAGCACCAGCAGCGCGCUUGUGAGAUCCCCUCCCCUCAGCAGCAUCGUAAGUGGUACGCUGCACGCCCGCGGUGAAAAAGUGUGA